AUGUUCAAGUCAUUCACCCGUUCACUGCCCCAGGUCUCCAUCUUCCACAACCCGUCCUCGCCGCCCUCCGUAAAAGCCCUCCAGAUCCUCCAAGCGGCGCUCUCCAAUCCCUACCCUCCCCAUUCGAAGGACGGCAAACCGCUCGAGUUCGACCUCCAGGUCGUCGAGCGCCCGCCGACGUCCGACCAGAUCACCACCCUGCUCACGCACUACAACCUCGGCGGCUCCUCCACCGCGAACGGUGGCCUGUCUACCUUCCUCUCGAGCCAUCCUGCCGGCGCAGGGUCCCCCACCCCCACGUCCAACGCGUGCGCGUGGUUAUAUAUGAAUAGGACGCCGGACGCGCUGGUGAAGACCGCGUCCUCGACCCCGUCCGCGCUCAAGUGGCCGAUCGUCGUCGACUGGACGAACGGCAAGGCCGUCGUCGGGGAGAGCGAGGGCGUCAAGAGCAUACUGGACGAGAUCAAGAAGAAGCAGGAGGGGUCAUAG